CUGUUGUUCCCGGAAGUAAGGCAGUAAUUUAGGUUUCAUUCUCAGACGUCAUUGUUGUUUAACUCGUUUCCCUUCUAAUACUCGUUCAAUGUAAUUCUGUUCAGCGUUUAUGGCAUAUGGUUCAGAUGACACGAUCUUUCGUGUGAAUCUGUGUUAUUGAGUGGUGUGUGUGUCUGCUCUGAACACAUGAGUGUGUCUCUGGUUGUGAUCAGACUCGAGCUCGCCGAUCAGUCUGACUCCCCGCACGGGUUUCAAUACUGCGCCGUUUCAGAGAUGUCAGAGGACGAGAUGAGAGAGAAAGCGCUGGCCUCCGCUAGAGCGACGCUGGGCGGUAAACCGGAGCUGGAGCGAGCGGCCGUCCUCCACCAGCACCUGGGCAGCCGCGUCAUGAGCGACAUGGUGAUCGAGACCUUCCAGCCCAGCGCAGUAGUUGAGGACGGUAAAGAAGAUCUGAAGUCCACAGAUGACGGAAACGGAGAAGCUAAAGAUCAAACGGAUGUGAGUGGGACUCCAGACUCUCCCUCCAAACAGCUGCCGGAUCAGAUCUCCUUCUUCAGCGGAAACCCGUCAGUGGAGAUCGUCCACGGCAUCAUGCACCUCUACAAAACAAAUAAGAUGACGUCGCUCACAGAGGACGUGCGGCGCAGCGCGAUGCUGUGUAUCCUCACCGUACCCACCACCAUGACCAGCCAUGACCUCAUGAAGUUUGUGGCUCCCUUCAAUGACGUCAUGGAGCACAUGAAGAUCAUCCGGGACUCCAUGCCCAACCAGUACAUGGUGCUGGUCAAGUUCAGGAGUCAGGCCGAUGCCGACAGCUUCUACACAGCAUGCAACGGCCGUCAGUUCAACUCCAUUGAGGAUGCUGUCUGCCAGUUAGUCUAUGUGGAGAGAGCGGAAGUCAUCAAAUCUGAAGAGGGGGCCAGUUUACCUGUGAUGGAUCUGACUGAGCUGCCCAAGUGCACCGUGUGUUUGGAGCGCAUGGACGAGUCCGUCAACGGCGUGUUGACCACCCUGUGCAACCACAGCUUUCACAGCCAGUGUCUGCAGAGAUGGGAGGAUGCAUCGUGUCCUGUGUGCAGAUACUGUCAGACUCCUGAACCCGUGGAGGAGAACAAGUGUUUUGAGUGUGGAGUGCAAGAGAAUCUGUGGAUCUGUCUUAUCUGCGGUCAUAUCGGCUGCGGACGCUACGUUAGUCGUCAUGCCUACAAGCACUUUGAGGAAACGCAGCACACUUACGCCAUGCAGCUGACCAAUCAUAGGGUCUGGGACUACGCUGGAGAUAACUACGUCCAUCGGCUUGUUGCCAGUAAAACCGACGGGAAGAUGGUGCAGUACGAGUGUGAGGGCGACACGUGUCAGGAUGAGAAGAUCGAUGCGUUGCAGCUCGAGUAUUCAUAUUUAUUAACCAGCCAGCUGGAUUCUCAGCGCAUUUACUGGGAGAAUAAAAUAGUUCAUCUGGAGAAAGACACAGCGGAGGAGAUCAACAACAUGAAGGCCAAAUUCAAGGAGACGAUUGACAAGUGUGACAGUUUGGAGCGGAAACUCAACGAACUCGUCAAAGAAAAACAAUCCAUUGAGAAGAAAUGUUCACAGCUGAACAACAAAGUGGUGAAGCUCAGUCAAGAGCUGCGGGAGGAGCAGGAGAUGAACCGAUGCCUGCGAGCCAAUCAGACGCAGCUCCAGGCGCAGCUGCAGGAGGAGGAGAGGCGGGCUCACGAGGCGGCGGCCAAUAAAGACGGCCAGAUCGCCGAGCUGCAGGAGCAGCUGCGAGACGUCAUGUUCUACCUGGAGACGCGGCAGCAGAUCGACCGCAUGCCGGCAGACGCCCGGCAAGAGAUCCAAGAGGGUCAGAUCAACAUCGCUUCGGCCCCUGCCGCCCCACAGCCCGGGCCCUCGGCCCACGGCCCCGGCAAACUGAGCGGCCGGAAAGGACGAUCCAAGAGGGGAAAGUAGCGAAAGACGUUGUGUUCAGUAUAUCCAGUGCUUAAUGGAUGGCAGAGAUGUUGCACAGGAAAUUAAGAAGUUUGAAUUAUCAUCCUUCCUCGUGUUAGAAGCUCUAAUAUAUUAUGAUUUGUUCACUAAUAUCUCGCACUAGGACACCUGCUUAGAAAUGUAGCUCAACCUGUUUUAUAUGAAAACAAAGUGCUGUUCUUGUCACAGAAUUUUAUUUUCGGAUCUUUAUAUAGUGUCCUCAUAGCUGGAAGAUGUCAUUUUUUGAUUUACUUUGUUUGUAGAAAUGAUUGAAUAUUGCUUUCUGCAACUCUUGACAGAUGAAUCUCACACAUUCAUGUCAUGUUUCACUUAGAGGAAAAAAAAGAAAUUAUAUUUUGCUGUAAUGCAUCUGGAUUAUUUUUGUAAACUCAUUUCUGUUAUUUAUUUUAUUUUAUUUUUUAUUGCAUUAAACGCCCCAUUUGUAAUGUA